AUGUCGGAACCUCAGAAGCCUGAGACGGCCGCACCCGAAAAAGUCGACGAGACCUAUACCGAGAGCAAGGCCAAGUUUGAAGGAAAGGCCAAGAGCGAGUACUUUGAUCCUUGUCAAGAGCUUGCGCAGAAGAGCAUCAAAUGCCUGCACCGGAAUGGGGGAGAUAGGACCAUGUGCGGGGAUUACUUUCAAGCAUACCGAGACUGUAAGAAGGCUUGGUUCGACAAGCUCAAGGCAGACCGAAAGGCGCAGGGUGCUUGGUGGUGA